AUGUCAGCAAUUCUAUUUGAAGAUACUUUUGAAGUCAAAGAAAUCGAUCCAGAUGGAAAGAAAUUCGAUAGAGUUUCUAGAUUCAUCUGUUAUGGAGAGAGUUAUGAAAUGGAUUUACAUAUCGAUAUAGCAACUCAUAUCUAUCCGAUGGAACACGAGAAAUUUAAAUUGGUGUUGGCAUCAUCACUUAGCCUGGACGGUACAAUGGAUAUCAGUUUCGACAGCAAUAAACCAUCGUUGGCAGACAAGUUUGACUAUGUUAUGUUUGGCAAGAUUUUUAAAUAUCAAAAGGAUAACUCCUCCUCUAAAGUUUCGAUUUUCGCUUCGUUUGGUGGUCUUCUCAUGUUGUUACAAGGUGAUCCACGUUAUCUCCCAGGUUUAGAAUUGGAUGCACGUAUCUAUUUAUUAAUUAAAAAGAUAUAA